GUGUUGCAAAGGUCACUAUUGUGCAGGGCUGGAGUCUCACGGCAGGAAACACAUCAGCCCCAACAGUGAUUUGCCUAGUUUGGAGUGGGCCUUUUGCCAUCCGCUGUUUCUUAGAGCCAUGCCCAACAUCCGUGACCUUCGAGUGGAAACGUCGAGACUGGCCCAUGUCGGCGACCUGGCGAGUUCUUCUGGCGGCGAAGCUUCCUCCUUUGCAGGUGAUGACGUGUCACACCAUCCCAUUGACAGGGACGACAAUUGGAGAUGUGCUGACUGCUGGCAGGAUGAAUUCUGCUGGAUCGACAACUUGUGGAGGUGCACUGUGUGUGGCUCUAGCUACUUCGAGGCCAAGCCGGCCGUGGGUGGCAGAUGGGUCUUUGUGCCAGAUGAUUCAGGACAUGAGCCCAAUCUCCCCAAAGACCUCCUUCAGCGCCGCGCCUUCAUCUUCUUCAGCACCUUCGGAGUUUGCAGACCUGUUCCUGGUGUGAGGUUUCGAGGUGGACAGCCUCCAGCUGCACCGUCCUGGCACUAUGACAAGGGCGACCUUCGAGCAUUCAGGAAGUGGAUGAAACGAGUUGAACUAUGGCACCAUCAGGUGCGUAACUACGUCCCAAAGAAUGAGGCAGGCAUCCUUCUCUUCAACUCGCUCAAGGGUGAAUUGGAAGAGGAAUUGGAAGAUGCCGGCAUCUCCAACAUCUACAACGAGAAUGGAGUCAAGUUCAUCCGUUCAGUCCACGUCAAAAGGAAGUUGCUGGCUGACUAUGAGCACAUAUAUCGCAAUCCCCAAGAAGGCAUGCGCUCAUAUAUCAAUCGAUAUCAGCGCACAGAACGCGCGUUGAACACUGUGGAGAUCAAUGUGGAGAAAAUGUACGACAAGGAAGCAAGGGGCGCACGACUUCUUGAGCGAAGCAAGCUUAGCCAUGAGCAUCAACGCCAAGUGUUGAUCGGAUCUAUGCAGAGCCUCGACUUUGACACCAUCAAGGGGAGCAGCAAGACUGGACCGAGACGACAAGUCAUGGCCACCGAGAAUGUCAAGGAGGAAACAGCUGAACCAGCCGAAAAUGAUGCUGAGCCAAAUGAUGAAGAUGCCCCUGAACAAGAACAGUGCGAUGAUGGCGAGAUGGAUGAGCAACAGCAGUAUGCCGAUGAGGACACCAACGAUGAUGUCUUCGACAUGAACGACCCGGAGAUUGCCGAGAUCUUCACCAUCACCGCCAAGAAGUUAGCAGGGGUCAUGCAGGCCAGAAAAUAUGGAACUCCUAGCAACAUGCCCAAGCGAAGCAUUGCCGACCGCAAGAAGACGACGACAUGCUCUGCCUGCGGAAUCCAAGGACAUUGGGCAGGUGACCCAGAGUGCCAAGUCUCAGCCAAAGGGCAUUCCAAAGGAAAAGGGGACAAGGACACUGGCAAGAAGCCCAACAAGUCCGUUCACUUCAUGAACUACCAUGGCGGCCCUGACGACGAUGACGAUAUGCCGCUGGAGCAUGAGGCGCACCAGAUUUUUGUCAUGAAAACCAUGGUUGGAUGCAACAAUCAGGUUAGACUAGCAGAUGCCAAAAAGGCGAGUACAUCAAUCUCACUCCUUUGGCGUCUCAAAGAACAUGGAGAUCGCCCCUCGCUCACCUCCGACAUGGAUGAUCAACUGGCGAGACCUGGUGGGCAAGGCCAUGCACUGGGCACGACACGCCCAAAGGUUUCUGAAGACACCUAUGACCUUGACCUCGACGACGGCAUGAACUGCACCACCAGGGACAAAGGGGCCCAAGACGUCAUGCCAGCACCGCUACAUCAAGCGAAGCGGAAAUCGCCACGGAAGCUUCGCGCUGUGCCUGGAAUGCAAUCUCCAGUGGAAGUACGACUAGGAGAACGAGGGAUGGGUGCAACACAUAAAGUCCUCUGGUUCCUCACGGCUGCCACCGCCUUCCUCCACAACUGUGUUGGACAGCUCAUGGACAAACCCAAUGGCUUCGACCAAGAAGGCACCCUCAAAGCCUUCGAAGAACUCAGGGUACCGAGCUUUGACCUCAAAGGCGGCACCCAAGAGCCAAGCCAAGUCCAAGGGCAAAGCAGCCACGCAGACCAUCGAAGAGAACCCAUGGAAGGCCUUGGCAUCGAUCAAAUCAGACGACCUGGAGGAGGAACAGGACGAAUUGGACAUGCUGAUUCAAGACCAGUCCGAUUACGACUGGGAAGAGCUCGCCAGCUGAGCGGACAACUUGAGAGGUCUUCUCAAGUUUUGGAAGCCGAGCUGCAGGCCUAUGACAAGCUUCCUGCAGCUAUCAACUUGCCCAAGAUUGACAUCAUGGAGCUCUAUGCUGGCUAUGCCGACAUCAGCUUCCUCGCCCAUCAGUAUGACCUCAAGGCCCUCGAGCCCUUCGACCUUGUGUACGGCCACGACAUGACCAAGGACAAAUAUAAGAGGUCAUGGCGACAAGCUCAGAAGCAGUUCUCACCAUUGCUGGUCGUUGUGGAGACGGAGUGCACUCACUGGAAUAUCUUCAACGAGAACCUGAACUAUGCCGGCAAAAACAGACUUCAAGAGCUUGAAGCCCUACGAGAAGAUCAGUUGCCACUUGUCAGGGAAGGAGUGCAGUCCUGCCUUAGACAAAUUGCUGAUGGCAACUUCUUUCUCUACGAAAACCCAGAGAAGUCUCGCAUCUGGGACCUUCCUGAAAAGUUCAAGAGCUGGCCUCACGCGAUGAUGUCUACGUCAUCAAAUGCCAUGCAGGUGCUCAACGACAUUCACAGAGUCUUCAACUCCACCUCCAGCAAGACUCUCACCCUGGCCGACUAUGAUCCCAUCCACCAACAAGUUGCAGAUCUGGUGCCAUGGGAAUUGACCAAGGUUCAAAUUGUUCGGACACCAAUACAACGGAGACUUCCACGCGAAUUCUUCUUCACCCACCGUGGAGCGAUUCUUGAGUAUCAAGAUGGGCAAAUAGUGGUUGAGGCUGAAGCACUUGAUGGACUUAAUCAUUUUCCAAAGCAGCGCUUCAGCAAAGCCGUGGCCUAUGGCUGCUUUUGGUGGCAAUUUUGCCCUCAACUUCCGCAACUACGUGGAGCGACAUGGAGGAUUGGCUUGGUCGAAAGAAGGAAUAGUGUCCUCCGCGGCAUCCUGGAGCGCAUCAUUGACGCGGAAUCCAUCAUGGACGUCAACGACUUUGAUCAAGCAUUGGAUGGCGCAGUUCACGCCAUCAACUCCAUGACCUACACUCAUGGCAGACCUCCAUAUAUGGCUGUCUUUGGCCAGAUUCCAAGAGUUGCAAGCGGCUUGCUCCAGGACGACAUGUCGCUCAUCACACAUCCAGUGCAACAAGGACGAAUUCGUCCAGACAUACUACGAGCAGAAGCAAUGAGAGCAUUGGCUGACAUCAACACCAGCCAAGCACUUCGCAGAGCACUCCUGCGCAAAACAGCCACCACCAACCAGAAAGACCUCCUUCCUGCCCAAAGCUGUGCCUAUUGGCGAUGGCAAAUUCCCAAAGGAAGAGGCACCAAGAAGAAAGGAGCUUGGAUCGUGGCAAGGUUUUUGUCAUAUGAUCCUGAUGGACCUUCAGCGAAUGCCAUGCUGGUGGAGCGCCGUGGCCGGACCAAGGACAUAUGGCAGGACCAUCGAUCAACAGCACCACCACCUGAUGAAGACCAAUAUGACUAUGCCUUGGAGCAACCUGCCACCGAGCCUGAUGCAGUGGUCUACCCACUUGCACCACCUUCGACGCCAAAGCAGCCACGACAAAGCACUUCAGCACCAGCAACACCACGACAUGCUGUUCUUCUCACUGAUCUGACCGGCCAACAGUCAGAGUCUGAUGCCGAGUCGAGCGAUCCUGAAGAUCAGAAAAUGGAUCCGCUCAAGAGGCUUCAGUCCAGAAAGGAAGCCAAAGCCUUGGAGCGAGAAGUGCCAUGGCGCUCCAUACUUCGACUUCCACCAGACCAAAUCAACGACUACGUGAAGUCAAACCAGAAGGAAGAGACAGGCUGGCAGAAAUGGGGUUCUAUAGAACCAGUUCCUGACGAUGAGGCCAACGCAAUCUUGGCUGACCCACAGAAGAAGCGACGCGUGCUUCGCAGCAGGGCAUGCUAUCGCAACAAGAGCCGUGACCCAACCAAGCUGAUAGCCAAAACUCGGGUUGUGGCUUUGGGUCACCUUGACCCUGAUUUGUACAAGGUUGCAAGAGACUCUCCAACUCCAUCGAGAACCUCAGAAUAUCUCUUGCUUUCUAUUUUCAUCGCAGGAGCCAGCCAACUCAUGCAGAAUUCCUUGGUGAAAUGGAUACUUUGGGCUGGAGACGUUUCCACAGCGUUUCUGCAAGGAGCCUUCGAUGAAAACGAAAGGACCGAGCCCUUGUACCUGCUUCCACCUAGGGAUCAAAUCACCUUGAUGGCCAAGACUUUCAUGUCAAAGCUCUACAAGGUAGUCCGCAGAAUGAAAUCAAUCAACUAUUUGCAGCAUAGCUUGGACCACCUCCUCUUCUACAAGAUUGAAGCAGGCGAACUGUUCUCAGUUUGCAUCGUCUACGUCGACGACUUUUUGCUGACCUGCCGGGAGACAUACAACAAGUCAGAACUCUUUGAUCUCUUCACAUGGGGAUCACAGAAGCAGCUCAGCCUGGAGCAGCCCCUGGAGUUCAAAGGCAAGGAGCUCACCUUGAAGAAAACCAAGGAUGACAAGCUCCACUUGCAUGUCACCCAAACCAAGUUCAUCAACAACACCGAGAAGGGCAAAGUCCAAAAGGGCAGAAUCGCCCAAGGUCCACCUCUCACCACAGCUGAGGAGACCGAGUUUAGAUCCGUGACCGGAUCGCUGCAAUGGCUUACGAGCCAGACCCGGCCUGACAUUGCCGCUUGGGUCUCACUCUCAAGCCGUGGCAAAGAGACCGGACCUGCAGAGCUGGCACAACUCUACGAAACUUUGGAGUUUUGCAAGCUCACACCGGAACACGGCCUGGUGUUCCAAGAUGUGGCUAUCAACAAUGCCACCACUUUGGUGGGCUAUGCCGAUCAGCCCAAUGGCAACCUCAUUGACCGGAAAAGCAAUCGAAGCGCGAGAGUAUGUCGAUCCACUUUGGCAGCGGAAGCUAUUGCCUGCGACGUCUGCGUUGACAGGACCUUUUACGCCAACACCAUGCUGAGUGAACUUCUUAGCGGCGUGAAGGCCCACAAGGACCCAACUGGCUGGCGAUUGCACCAGCUGCAAGUCACAGACUGCAAGAGCUUGUAUGAUGCUGUUGCAGCUGAAAACCCACGCACGACUGAGAAGCGAACCUACGUGGACAUUCGCAGCAUCCAGGAGUAUAUCAACCCGAAGACGAUUCACUGGGUGCCGACGACUGUGCAGUGGGCUGAUGGAUUGACCAAAUGCUCCAAAGCCCUUCGAUCAAUUUUCUUUGGAUGGAUUGCCAAGCCAUUCAUCCAGUUGUGCGCACCUCAAGCCAUUUGUAUGAAAAGUAUGCAAGUGCUGCCGCACGCACUUUGCUGUGA